UACCACCGCCUCCACUGUCACAGAAGACCAUUGCGUAGCAAUUUCUGGCCUUCUGGUGGGGGCAGGAUAAGAAGGAAGGGUGUUCCCGGUCAAGAUCUCCGACUAGUGGAAUAUGGUUGUCGAAAAGGCGUUGGGAACAUAGGAACUAUAUAUAUGUUUCAAGUUGGGAAUAUAUAGAUAUAUUCCACCUUCAUUAUUCUACACCAAGGAGCCAUCAUAAUACUACACACAGUAAACAUUCCUAUGCAAUGAUGAAUCUUUUUCGAUCACGUCUGGAGAUCGUCGUCGUUCUCGUGACGACGUUGCUGUUGUUGACGACGGUGACUGAUGCUAAUUCGUUAGAGUUCAUCAUCGAGCCAAGUCAUACCUCUGCAGUUCAGGGUACGACGGUGACGCUGUAUUGUUCUGUUAACCAAGAUACCCGUACCUUCAUGUGGGUGAGAGAUACAUCUAUCAUCAGUCAUACCAUACAGAUCCAAGGAAAUGCUGACCCAGACAGGUAUUCCGUCUCAUAUAGUAGUAAGUCCUACAACCUCAUCAUUGAAAACCUCAAACCAGAGGAUGCGGGGACCUAUCAGUGUGUGGCCUUUUCCAGUGGAGGCGGCAUAACAUCUGAUGGAGCCAAUCUUGAUGUGAUUAGCCCACCCAGCCAGGAAUACCCUUUGAUCAGCUCCUCGGUGACGGGGACGAUCGUCGUCGGCGAGACCAUCGAGAUCGUGUGCGAAAUUGAAGGAGGGAAUCCCGUCCCAGAGAUCGAGCUCGUUAGAGGUAAUGAAGUUAUCGUGGUCGCAUCUGGACGUCUGGUCUAUGUGUGGGUGACCGAAGAGGUCGAUGAUGGCGCGGUGUUCGAGUGUCGCGCCCGGCAUUCUCUAUGGACAGAGCCAAGGUCGUCUUACAGCUCUCCGUUCCAGAUUUUGACGGAAUCACCGAACAUCGUUCUGGCCCCGUCGACGGCAGAAGUCACUCUUGGAUCAACGGUAUCGUUUGUCUGUGCGGCAGCACCGGCUACAAGGGCAGUCUAUCGUUGGUUCCUGAACAACGAGGAAUUGGGAAGCAACGUUGGCCGUUCAGUGGUGAUUGAGAGUACGGAGACUGCGAGUGUACUUCGCUUGGUAGGUUCAAGGGAAGUCAAUGGUCUGGUAAGGUGUCAGGUCGAAGCCGCUAAUGGACAAGCCUCUGCAGAAGCUGCCCUGACCCUGAUUAUCACUGAGGUAUCGACCGAAAGGGACACUCAGGCACCGACCCUGCCUACCGAGGCAACAACAAACCCUCCAAGGGCCACAGAUACCCCAAGUGGCCCAACCAUCGUUCCUGAAGAGACGGAUACCCCAAGUGGCCCAACCAUUGUUCCUGAAGAGACGGAUACCCCAAGUGGCCCAACCAUUGUUCCUGAAGAGACGGAUACCCCAAGUGGCCCAACCAUUGUUCCUGAACAACCAGCAUCAUCAACCGAAGGCAUCACUUCGCUGUCAACUGAAGAUCUAACAUCAGAUAGUGCAGAACCUCCAAUCCGUGGUGCAUCUUCUUUCGACACCAUCUUCGUAGCUUCCGUCAGCGCCAUUGCCGCACUUAUCGGCGUCAUUUUCAUCGCCGCCAUCGGUGCUGUCUGCUACGUCACCGCGAAGCGUCGACGCAAGCGCCGCGCCGAUAUGUAUUCUGGUGCCAAUAACGACGGUGACGUCUUUUUCCGCAGUCGCUACAUCAGCAUUGUUCGUUCUUGGUUUUCACCUGUUCACCAAGACACCCAAAAGACCCUUACCUCUUUCGAGGGUCCUACCCCUGAUCAAUCCCCGUAUAAUACCGUUGCUUCAAGGCGAUAGCCUUGGUGUCAUAAUUUCAUAGCUCACACAGAAACAAAAUAGUACAAUGUGAUACUGUCUACCUCUUUAUUUAGUGUGUUGUUUCUAAACAUAAACAACUACUAAUUUGCGCCAUUACACUCUAUAAAACGGAGAGCUAAGAAGAGCUAGUUUAGCUUUUAAAGAGUUGUUUGGUGAAUGCAUUUCGGAGUGCUGAUUUUUCUCGUUCAAAUUUGAACCAGACAAAUUAACACUCCGAAAUGCAUUAACUGUACACGUUUUUUAAGAGCUAAAUUAGCUCUUCGUAGCUCUUCGUUUUUUACAGUGUAUAACAUAUUUAGAUAUCAUUGUUGAUUUGCACGACGGUGUGGCGAUAUGUCAAAGGGUUGCUCUAUGGUGAAAAAAUGAUUUAAACUGACAAAGAAAAAUCAAACAAA